UUCCUGCUUAUUGAGGAACUAAGUUUUUCUUUCAGUUUAGAAAGUAAUUCAGAGGGGGUGGGUUGGGGUAAAGAAGGAAGAGGAAGAAAGUCAGUAGCUAAAAGUGCGAAACUCCAGACUUUACAACGUUUGCUCUUGGCUUUCUGAUGAACUGCUUGUCGAAAGAACACAUGUCAGGUGCGAGUUUGAUAUGAAGCAUCUAUUUUGGUUUGGCGACAGAGGGUGAGGUUCAUGAGGGCUAGAUACAGCUCAGGAACCUAUUUUUUUAUUUCAUUUCAACGUUUUUAGGACCAGAGGACGGUUCCCAUAUCCUCUGGAUGACUGAAGGAUCUACCAAUGGACGCUGACACGGACUGCGCAGGGGUCAAACGUCAAAGCCCAGUGGAGGAACAGCUGGAGCCACUUGUCAUCCUGGAGGAUGGGGACGAGCUGGACGACUUUACGACGCACAUCUCAACAAGAGGGAAAGGCAUUUCCCGAGUGAAGAACAUGGAAGAAGACAGCGACAGAAUUAAGGGAUGUUCCGAAGGAACCAACGACGCACAAGAUGGUCACACCACGCAUCAGGAAAUAGAAAUCAGAGUGGAAAAAGAGGAAAGUAAGCCAGAAGAAGACUCAAAAAACAAGAACCGAGAGGUCAAACAGGUGAUGGGAACAGAGAAUGAGAACUUAUCAGAAGAGACACUGGAGGACUCCACGGUCCAAAUCGAGGGGAGGAAAGGAGCAGAGGUGGUGGGAGGAUCUAAUUCGGACACGGUGGUAAAAGAAACGCCAGGAGUAGAGAUCCAGCCACCAGUUCAACUACGACCCAAAGAUCUACUCAAACCUCUGGAUGCACAUCAGAAGAUCCACAGGUUAUCCUCAGAUUCCCCCGAUGCUCUGUACGAGCUGCUCUGCUCACUGCAGGAGGGUCGACGUCUCAACGACCAGCGCUGCUCCUUCACACUGCAACCCAGGAGGAGGUGCUACUCCGUACCCAGCACUCCACAGCCUGGUCAGAAAGUGGUGUUCUCGUCCAUGACCUCCCUACAAAAGGAGGAGUUCUUCGAUCUAGUGGCCACCUCCCAGGCUCGACGACUGGACGACCAGCGCGCCAAUUUCCAGAAACCUCCCCCCGUUUUCUCACCCCCGGAGCCUCGCCGUCCCUCCAGCGCCCCCGCGGGUAUCCCAGCCGUCCAUCCCAGCAGAACCAGAUCAAGGAGGAGCAGCUGGAAGCAGGUCUUGGAUUUCGGACAGACUGUUCCCAAACCGGCAGCCAGGGAGGAGCUGUACACCAUGAUCCUGAACUCUCAGGCUCAGGGGCGUCUGGAGGAACAGCGGAGCAAAGCCCCGGGACCGAUGGACGAUGAGGAUUUCUUCUCCUUGCUGUUAAAGGUGCAGGGCGGUCGGAUGGAUGAGCAGAGGACUGAGCUUCCUGUAGCGCUUCGCUAUUAGAUGCCAAACACUGUUAAAUACAAAAGGGGAACUAUUUUAAGUACAAGUGUCUUUAAUGUUUCUCUUAAAAAAAAGAAACAAAACAUUUUAGCCUUUGACUUGUGACAAAUGAUUGUGGUUUGCAUCUGCCAAAUUCUUCUUUACAUUUUUUUCUGCUUAUAGUUGUACGAGUGUACUUUUAUAUUUACAUUUAUGGCAUUUUUUUUAGAUGCUUUUAUCAAAGCGAUUUACUGUUGUGACAAAACACACUGCAAGCAGUUGAGGGUUUUGCUUGCAUUGAUGCCAAACAGUGACAACCUGAUAUUGGUGGGGCUUAAACCAGCAACCUUCUGCCUACUAGUCCAGUACCCUAACCACUGAGCUACCACUGCCAUAAUAGCGGCAGCUUGGUGCUGGUAAAGCUUGAACCCACAACCUUCCAGUCAAGUACACUCAGUUACACUCAGCUUAGAUUAUUUUACCAUUAUUAGUACUUCUAUCACUAGUAAAACUAGUCGUUAGUCAUGAGUGUAAACAGUGGCUGCAACACAGUUGCAUUUCCUUUUCUGUCUGGUAGCUGUGCCAAUCGUGCGUCAGUGUGCCCACACACUUCGCACUUCCCCACAGAGCAGUACGCCUUCAGAUGUUUCAAUGCGCCAAUUUAAUACCAACACACAAACUCCUUCAUACACAAAGCGACAUUUUUCUGCCCGGGUUAGAUCAUCAACGUUUGGUGUUUGUAGUUUGCCAAAAGUAUGUGGACAAGUGUAUGAGUGUGCUUGAUUAUUUUAGCCAAUCACUGUUAAAUAGGUAUGUAAGAGCUCUAUAAAAUCAAACAUAGGUUUGCACCAGUGUUUCAAGUUUUUGCCGGAUACACCAGACCCAAGUUCUUAACGAACAAAUUGUAUGUGUAUGAAUAAUUUUUGGUACAUUUUGAAAGGAGGUUUAACUGAGAAGAAGAGCAGCCCUGAUGAACACACUGUAGUUUAUAUGUUUAAAAUAACUUCUUUUUUUAAUAUACUGCUAAGUAACAAACUUGUGUACAUUCUUUAUCUACUUUUUGUACCGUUGAGGAUAUUAUUUAAUAGGGGUUUGAAUGGGUUUGAAGUGAAGUUGUAAAGUAGACUACAUAGACAGCACAGGAGGUCUAGCACUACUUCAGUGUUGCCAAGUGAAAUAAACUAAAAGAAUCGUCUUUCUACAGAAUAUUAAAAGGUAAUAAUAGGUUUGCGCUGACUUAUCUUGCUCAGGUUUGUCAGAAAACGCAUGUCUAUCAGAUGUACUUGACUUGCUGCAGUAUUUAAUAAUGCAGAAAGUGAUCACUAUUGUAUUGAUGUAAUAAAUGAAACAUUAAGUAAAAA